AUGAGUUGCAACAACAGUGCCAGUGAUGAUGGUUCUGUCAAGAGUUUUUUUGCUAACUGGCCAAUGUCAACAUGUGGACUGAAUUUAAAAGGUCAAUUUGCCAUUGUCUAUAAUGGAAGUAUGUGUGUAUAUGAUGGAAUUCCUGCAGAAAAGCGUUAUCGUGCCACUACCCCAACUUGUUUCUGCCUCCUAAUCACCGUAGAAUCACCACUGCCACACACUAUUCAUCAGAUAUUCCUUUCCUUCUCUUCAAGCUGGGUUUUUUUUCUUAAACAUGCCGAAGCUGUGGAGAAAGAUCUUCCUGCAAAGGAGCUUCAUGAACUUCUAUUGUUGUCUCUGCAAUGGCUAAGUGGGAUGAUUAGUCUUUCCAACCCUGUCUGUCCGUUGCAACUUCUGCGUGAAAUUGAAACCAAAGUAUGGCUCUUAGCUGUUGAAUCUGAGACUCAGGUGAAGAGUGAAGGAGACUUUAAUUUAACCUUUUCUACCAGGGAGAGUGCUAUCAGGAAUGAUUUCAGUAUUAUUGACCGAACUGCAAGUAUAAUAGCAAAGAUGGAUAACCAUAUAAAUACAAUGAGGAAUAGAACUGUAGAAAAAUACGAGUCCAGAGAAAACAAUCAAAUGCCUCACAAGAAUCAAGUGGUGGAUGCUGGUCUUUCAACUACUUUUGGUGGGAAUACAAAGCCAAAACGAAGGGCCAAAGGAUAUGUGGCUUUGAGACGCCCAACUCUUGACUCGGUAGAAAAAAAGUGCAGAUACUGA